AUGGCCAAUCCAUCGGCACCAUCUCUAGCAGGGAAAUGGAAGCUAGUCCAAGGCCAGACAUUCUGGAAAGGCAUGCUUGGGACUCCCAUGGACGAAACUCUCUGCCAGGAGCUGAUCCGCUACGGCCAGCACAUCCAAUGCGUGGUGGAUGGAUUCAACGAAGUCACGGCAUCUCGCUGGUAUGGCCUGUGCAUUCACGGCAAGUCACAGCUAUUCCACAAGCUCCAGAUGGGCAACACCGGCUACACGAUACACAAGUACAUCUAUGGCAGCACCAAAGAUACAGAUCACAUCACCAAGGAGCCCCACACUGCCUGGUCUGGCUACCUGGCCAUGUCCAAUGACGAAGAAAGCUUGAGGCUGGGACGAAGAGACAUCCUCCUUGCGUUUCGGGGCAUGGAGCUCACUCGGGAAUGGUCGGAGAUCGACUCGCUCUUGCCCCUUCCUCGGCUGAAUCCAGCCAAACCGUCAGUGGCGGCCGGAAGCCCCUCGCCCGUGUUGGUGUCCGACCAUGUAUCCACACUCUACACCCAUUCCUAUCCAGGUGAGGAGUUUGGAAAGACCUCUGCCCGUGAUCAGAUAGUUUCCACGCUCAGGAGCCUCAUUGAUGCGAACAGGGACCAAGAAUUGGGCAUCACGGUAGCCGGCCAUAGCCUUGGAGCUUCGCUCGCGACCCUAUGUGCCUACGACAUUGUCAACGAGAGCGUCAACGCAGCUCCCAAUGAUAAGCUGAUCCCGGUGACCGCAUUUGCCCUUGGUGGUCCUCAAGUUGGCAACCAUGCGUUCAAGGUGGCGGCAGAAAGGUUGCAGAGCCUCCGAGUCCUCACCGUGGUUAAUCCCUUCGAUGUGGUUACCAAGCUUCCGGGAAGCACUCUGGGCUACGUAUCUCACGUUGGGGUGCUGCUGGAAGUUGUCCACACAGGCUUGACUUAUCUGAAGCACAAACCUGAUGAUCAGGCACUGCAUACCUUACAGCUCUAUUUGCAUCUCGUAGGCAACAGAGUGGAGCCCUUUAAGUAUCACCAACUUGAACUUCUGAACAAGUGUGCAGAUCUGCUGGCUAACCCAAUUGUUCCACCCAAAUGGUGGAAUACCCGAAGUGUGGACAUGGAUGUCACCGUAGAAGAGGAAACAGGAAAAUUAUGUUUCAAGCUGACCAAUGUUUCUGCAAAUGAUCCAGAGUUCAGUUGA